GCAGAAUCUUCAAUAUCCAGCUGUCUGUCUAUGAAGAGUGACUGGUCAAGACACGAGCCUCUAAAGUUCAGUAAUGAACCUGGACCCUCAGAUGCAAAAGAGAAGAAGAAGAGUCAUGUUUCUGUAGAGGAGCAGUUGUACUGCUGUGCUUUGUGUCAGGACGUCUUGAAGGAUACCAUCUCUACCAGCUGUGGACACGCGUUCUGCAGACAGUGCAUCACCUCAUACUGGGACCAGUCUGCUUCAUCAGGAGACUCCUCCUGUCCCCAGUGUAGAGAAAGAUCCAGAACAAGAGCUGGACUGCAGACAGCUAGUAAGACCAGCACUGUACACAUAACAAACAGUCUGCAGGAGGUUUUGGAUGGACAUAAGGUCAGUCUGAAGAGGAGAUGUGAACGUGUGACUGAAGGAACUGAUGAAAGAGAAAGUGAAACCCUCCUCAACAGGAUCUACACUGAGCUCUACAUCACAGAGGGACAGAGUGAAGAGGUCAAUACCCAACAUGAGGUGAAGCAGCUUGAGAGAGCUUCUAAGAUGAAGACCCUCCAUGAAACUCCAAUCAAGUGUCACGACAUCUUUAAAGCCUUACCUGACCAACAGAAACACAUCAGAGUCGUUCUGACAAAUGGUGUUGCUGGCGUUGGAAAAACCUUCACAGUGCAGAAGUUCACUCUGGACUGGGCAGAGGGUUUGGAAAACCAAGAUAUCAGUCUGAUGAUAAUGCUUUCGUUCAGGGAGCUGAACUUGAUCAAAGAUAAGAGGUACAGUCUUCUCACUCUGCUUCGUGUUUUCCAUCCAACAUUACAGAAGGUCACAGCAGAGGAGCUCGCUGUCUGUAAAGUUCUGUUCAUCUUUGAUGGCCUGGAUGAAAGCAGACUGUCUCUGGAUUUCAAGAGCAAGAAGGUUGUGACAGAUGUCACAAAGAAGUCAUCAGUCAAUGUGCUGUUGACAAACCUCAUUAAAGGGAAUCUGCUUCCCCCGGCUCUCAUCUGGAUAACAUCCCGACCUGCAGCAGCCUAUCGGAUCCCUCCUGCAUGCGUUGACAGGGUAACAGAAGUACGAGGCUUCACUGACACCCAGAAGGAGGUGUACUUCAGGAGGAGAGUCAGUGAUGAAGAGCGGUCCAGCCGAAUCAUUUCACACAUCAAGACAUCCAGGAGCCUCCACAUCAUGUGUCUAAUCCCAGUCUUCUGCUGGAUCACUGCUACAGUUCUGGAUGACAUGUUGACUACAGAGCAGAGAAGAGAGCUGCCUAAGACCCUGACUGACCUGUACUCACACUUUCUGCUGGUUCAGACAAAGAGGAUGAAGCAGAAGUAUGAUGAGGGACAUGGCAGGGAAGUUCUUCUGAAGCUGGGGAGGCUGGCGUUUAAACAUCUGAAGAAAGGAAACAUCAUGUUCUACCAGGAAGACCUGGAGGAGUGUGGUCUUGAUGUCACAGAGGCCUCGGUGUACUCAGGAGUUUGUACAGAGAUCUUCAAAAAAGAGAGUGUGCUCUUCCACAAAACAGUCUACUGCUUUGUUCAUCUGAGCAUUCAGGAGUUUCUGGCUGCAGGCUACCUGUUCCACUGUUUUACCAACAAGAACACAAAGGUACUGGAGGACUUCCUGGGGAGAGACCGGAUUAAUUACACAUCCCUGGAUGUCUUCUUAAAGAGAGCCAUGGAGAAAUCCCUCCAAAGUGAAAAUGGUCACCUGGAUCUGUUUGUCCGCUUCCUUCAUGGCCUCUCUCUGGAGUCCAACCAGAGACUCUUAGGAGACCUUUUGGGUCGGACAAACAACAGUUCAGAAAUCAUUCAGAGAGCUAUCAACAACCUGAAGGAGAUGAACCUGUAUAAUAUCUCUCCUGACAGAAGCAUCAACAUCUUCCACUGUCUGCUGGAGAUAAACGACCACUCAGUGCAUCAGGAGAUCCAAGAGUUCCUGAGGUCAGAGAAUAGAUCAGAGAAGGAACUCUCUGUGAUCCACUGCUCAGCUCUGGCCUACAUGCUGCAGAUGUCAGAGGAGGUUCUGGAUGAGUUGGACCUGGAGAAAUACAACACAACACAAGAGGGACGACUGAGACUGAUUCCAGCUGUGAGGAACUGCAGAAAGGUUCGAUUUACUUCAUGUGGAAUCUCAGAGACUCACUGUGAAGUCGUGGCCUCAGCUCUGAAGUCCAGCCCCUCCCAUCUGAGAGAGCUGGACCUGAGUGACAACAGGCUGCAUGAUUCAGGAGUGAAGCAGCUGUGUGCUGGACUGGAGAGUCCAAACUGUAAACUGGAGACUCUGAGACUGUGGGGCUGCAGGUUUUCAGAGAUCAGCUGUGUUCAUCUGGCCUCAGCUCUGAAGUCCAACCCUUCCCAUCUGAGAGAGCUGGAGCUGAGUGAAAACAACCUGCAGGAUUCAGGAGUGAAGCUACUGUGUGAUUUUCUAAAGAGGUCACGCUGUAAACUGGAGACUCUGAGAUUGUGGAACUGCAGUUUGUCAGCGAUCAGCUGUGGUUCUUUGGCCUCAGCUCUGAAGUCCAACCCCUCCCAUCUGAGAGAGCUGGAGCUGAGUGUCAACAACCUGCAGGAUUCAGGAGUGAAGCUACUGUGUGAUUUUCUAAAGAGUUCACGCUGUAAACUGGAGACUCUGAGACUGAGACGCUGCAGUUUCUCAGCAAUCAGCUGUGAUUCUCUGGUCUCAGCUCUGAAGUCCAACCCCUCCCAUCUGAGGGAGCUGGAGCUGAGUGAAAACAAGCUGCAGGAUUCAGGAGUGAAGCUGCUGUGUGAUUUUCUGGAGAAUCCACACUGUAAACUGAAGACUCUGAGAUUGAGUGACUUCGGUUUGACAAAGAUUAGCUGUGUCUCUCUGGCCUUAGCUCUGAAGUCCAACCCCUACCAUCUGAGAGAGCUGGAGCUGAGGUUUAACAACCUGCAGGAUUCAGACGUGAAGCUGCUGUCUGAUCUUGUGAAGAGUCCACACUGUAGACUGGAGACUCUGGAAUGGAAGGAAACUGCAGUUUGAUAAACAGGAUGGUGGAUGUGUUGAGAGGAUCAGCUGUGUCCUGAUGAUCCAGAGACACAGAAAGCGGACUGGACCAUGUUCACUGUGUGAUUCUGUGUGAGUCUAUGUGAGUCUGUGUAUAUACUGUAUAAUAGUGAGGUAAUUCAAAUAAAUCCCACAAAAGGACUUUUUCAAAGUGUUACACUUUCGAAAAGUGGUUGGUGUGUGUGUGUGUGUGUGUGUGUGUGUGUGUGUUGGGGGGGUCUGAUGGUCAGCCCUGAGUGUCCCAUGUUACAGUAACGGAGAAAUGGCAGAGCAUACUUAUUUUUUAUAUCACUAUCACUAAUUUAUCCGGAAUGGAAACAACAGUUUUUGAGGUACAUAUUUGAAUGUUUAAAUGAUCAAGACACAUCAGCCUACUUUGAAUGUAAAUAAAGUGCCAGAGUGCAUUAAAAAAGCAGCAAAUCCCAAGGGAGGAUCCCCCUGGACCUCCCUACAGAGGUCCAGGCUAAGCCCCCAGUGUUUAUGUCAUGUCACUUGUAUCGCUCUGCUGGUUCGAAAUCACGUCCACAUCUUGGCAGAACUCCAGAAAAAUAGCUGUGUUCAAUUUCCUAGGCUGCAGCCCACAAACCUGCUAAAUAUAUUAACUGUCAAUGACUUCAGUGUUGUUUUCAUAUCAGUGAAAAUUCAGCCUACCUGGGCUGUUGCCUAGGAGAAGAAACACAGCCUGUGACUUUGGACGGCAUGCAUAAGCUUCGUAUAGAUAGGAGAGGAUGUGCUUGUAAUUGUAUAACCAGACUAAUGAAUACACUCACAUCAUGUGUC